AUGGCGCGUUGUCUGAAGUACGUCACCCUUCUACUAGUCAUAUUUAUCAUCCUGUUUAUGUACAACAUGCCUGUUGUCAAUCAUCGAUCAAAAUCAGUCAUCGAUGAUCUGUUAGGUGAAGAUCACCAACAAAACACAAAAAAGUUCUGCAGCAUUCCAUCAUUAAACCCGUGGGAUCCGUCGGUGAUGCCGUACUAUGAACGUCUGCCACCUCUACGCUGCAAGCGUUUCCAGCCAGAGCUCACGUACAUGACGAGCACCGGUUGGCUGUAUAUUAACGAAAGCGUAGUGAAAAAUGAACAGCUGUCGGCGGUGCUGUGCCGCUACCGAUGUUUUGACCGCAGUGAGGGUUUCGACGACAAUACUCUGAACUUCACUGACUGGACCGAUUUCUCGAACGCGACGUUUGUUCAAUGUGGCGAAUUCGUCGAAGUUACUUGUAGGAAAAACAACAGCUUUCCAAAUGCUCUGGCAUUCCUCGCUGGUAAGCGGGUCGAAACUUCACCCGGCGAAAAGUCAGAAGUGCCGGAGGAUGUUGGUGGUGAAUUUUUUGAUGACUGGCCCUUGAUCUGGAAAAGCUAUUCACGACGUGGCUACAUCACUCUUUUCGCGGAAGAUAUGCCGUCGUUGGGUCUAUUCUCGUAUGGUAUGAAGGGCUUUCGAUUCAGACCAACUGAUCAUUAUUUAAGACCGUUCUGGCUUAAGGUAUGGAAAAGUUUUCUGCAUCUACGCAGUACGCACCUGUGCAUCGGAAAUACACCUACACAUCGAUUUCAGUUGCAUUACUUAUUGGACUUUCUACAGAAAUACCAAGGCUCGCAAACGUUCGUUCUCAGCUGGUUAAGUGAGAUCACGCAUGACUGGCUAAACCAGGGUCAGGUGGCAGAUAAAGACCUCGCUGAUUUCUUUACGCGCAUUCAUCCUUAUCUGAACAAUUCCAUAACGUUUGUUUUCGCCGACCAUGGACAGCGUUUUAGCAGCAUCAGACAGACGGUGGCCGGCCGCCUUGAAGAAAAUAUGCCGUUAUUUACGAUCGCAUUGCCAGAUUGGGUUCAACGGAGGUAUUCGAAUCUGAAGUCAGUGCUCGAUCAGAACAGCCGUCUGUUGAUUACACAUUUUGAUCUCUACGCUACUUUGAGGCACAUUUAUCAGAGUGGCAGUUGGGAACAACUGGCAGAAGGUACAAGUCUUUCCGCACCGCCUACCAGAUCAAUCAGCAUUUUUCACCGCAUCAGUUCAACGAGGACUUGUGACGAAGCCGGAGUGCCCAUCUAUUACUGUAUAUGUCAAAGGGAAGUCGCCGUCGAUACGGACAACGCGCUGGUACAGCGAGCCGGUUUGGUUGUCGUGCAGCACCUUAACCACCUGUUAGAUGACCUGCGUAACUCGUGCGCCAUAAUCACUCUGAAGAAGAUUCGCAGGGCCUCACAACUAAAACCACCGGUGCUUAGUGUCCGCAGUAAAUGGUGGCUGAUGCUGUACAAAUCUAUCAUCAAUGAUCGCGUGUCCAGCGACCAGAAACACUUCAUCGUCCAGAUCGAGGUGGCCCCU